UAAGAUAAUGAAAAAUCUCCGUGGACUUCUAUCGGUCUUCCUAAUUAUUAUGCCUUUUGGCAUUCCUGAAUUUGCUCAAGCACAAGAUCAACAAGGAUUCAUCAGUUUGGAUUGUGGAUUACAAGCCAAUGAGUCUCCUUACACGGAACCAAUGACAAAGUUAACAUUCAGAUCAGACGCUGAUUUCAUCAAAAGCGGAAAAAGUGGUAAGAUUCAAAAUGUUUCGGGGAUGGAAUAUAUAAAGCCAUACACAGUUUUAAGAUAUUUUCCGGAUGGAGAAAGGAACUGCUAUACUCUUAGCGUCAUACAAGGCACAAACUACCUGAUCGUAGCCAUGUUUACCUACGGAAACUACGAUAAUCUUAAUACACAACCAAAGUUCGACCUUUAUCUUGGUCCAAAUAUAUGGACCACGGUCGAUUUGCAAAGAAAUAUAAACGGCACAAGGGAGGAAAUCAUUCACAUACCAAGGUCAACUUCUUUACAAGUUUGCCUUGUUAAGACUGGAACAACUACGCCGCUAAUAUCAGCUUUAGAGCUACGACCAUUGAGAAAUGAUACUUAUAUUCCUCAGUCUGGUUCCUUGAAGAACUUGUUCCGCGUUUAUUUGACCGAUUCCAAAGACGUUAUUAGGUACCCAGUAGAUGUCCAUGAUCGUCUUUGGAGUCCAUUCUUCAUGCCGGGUUGGAGACUGUUACGAACAAGUCUCUCAAUCAACACUUCUGACAACGACUAUGAACUACCAGAAGAUGUAGUUGCUACGGCAGCCACACCUGCAAAUGUGAGUUCACCAUUGACUAUUUCAUGGAAUUUGGAAACACCUAACGACUUAGUUUAUGCAUACCUUCACGUUGCUGAGAUCCAGUCCUUAAGGGACAAUGAUACCAGGGAGUUCAACAUCAGCGCAGGUCAAGAUGUUAGUUACGGACCUGUUAGCCCUGAGGAAUUGCUAGUAGAUACACUAUUCAACACAUCACCUGUGAAAUGCAAAGGAGGGACAUGCCAUUUGCAACUGAUAAGAACUCCAAAGUCAACUCUCCCUCCCCUCCUUAAUGCUAUUGAGGCUUUUACAACAGUUGAGUUGCCGCAGUCCGAAACUAAUGCAAAUGACGUCGUUGCUAUCAAGAGCAUAGAAACAAGCUAUCAAUUAAGUAGGAUUAGUUGGCAAGGAGAUCCAUGUGUUCCUCAACAAUUCUUGUGGGAUGGUCUUACCUGCGAGUACACCAAUAUGUCUACACCACCAAGAAUCCAUUCCUUAGACUUGUCCUCAAGUGAACUAACUGGAAUUAUAGUUCCUGGGAUCCAAAAUCUUACGGAGCUUCAAAGAUUGGACCUGUCAAAUAAUAAUUUAAUAGGUGGAGUACCUGAAUUUCUAGCCAAAAUGAAAUCAUUGUUAGUCAUAAACUUAAGCGGAAACAACCUUAGUGGUUCAGUCCCUCAAGCUCUACUCGAUAAAGUGAAAAAGGGAUUGAAAUUGAACAUUGAAGGAAAUCCAAACCUCUGUUCUUCCGGUUCAUGCAACAAAAAGAAAAAUAGCAUCAUGUUACCAGUUGUUGCAUCACUUGCUUCUUUGGCUGCUAUAAUAGCAAUGAUCGCUCUUCUUUUUGUUUGUAUUAAAAGACGCCCAUCAAGCGGAAAAGGUCCAUCAUCAAGCCAACAAUCAAUAGUAACAAAAAAGAGAAGAUAUACAUAUGCCGAAGUCCUUGCGAUGACAAAUAACUUUGAAAGAGUUUUGGGUAAAGGAGGGUUUGGGAUGGUCUACCAUGGUUAUAUAAAUGGUACAGAAGAAGUAGCGGUUAAGCUACUCUCUCCAUCAUCAGCUCAAGGCUAUAAAGAGUUCAAAACAGAGGGAGAACUUCUUCUAAGGGUUUACCACACAAAUCUGGUAAGUCUUGUUGGAUACUGCGAUGAAAAAGAUCGCUUGGCCCUCAUCUACCAGUACAUGGCCAAUGGCGAUUUGAAACAACAUUUGUCAGGUAGCUCCAUAAUUAGCUGGGUUGAUAGACUAAACAUAGCAGUUGAUGCCGCACUAGGAUUGGAAUACUUACAUAUUGGCUGCAAACCGCUGAUAGUUCAUAGAGAUGUAAAAAGUUCUAACAUACUAUUGGACGAUCAAUUACAUGCCAAGCUUGCAGACUUUGGGCUAUCAAGAUCUUUUCCGGUUGGAGAUGAAAGUCAUGUGUCUACACGUGUUGCCGGAACAUUUGGAUACCUUGAUCAUGAAUAUUACCAAACAAAUAGGUUGUCUGAGAAGAGUGAUGUCUACGCUUUUGGCGUUGUAUUAUUAGAAAUCAUCACAAACAAACCAGUGAUCGAUCAAACCCGCGACAUGCCUCACAUUGCAGAAUGGGCGAAAUUUAUGCUCACUAGAGGAGACCUUAGCAAUAUUGUGGAUCCUAAACUUCAAGGGGUUUAUGACUCUGGUUCUGCAUGGAAAGCUCUUGAAUUAGCAAUGACAUGCAUCAACUCUUCUUCCCGAGAAAGACCCAACAUGUCUCAUGUAGUUCAUGAACUAAAGGAUUGUGUGGUAUCUGAAAACAAGAGGACAAGAGACAUAGACACAGUGAGAUCCAUCGACAUUAACUUAAGCUUCAGUACUGAUAUGAACCCUAAGGCACGUUAAUCUCCACUCUACACCUGCAGCAUUCGUUCCACUGCAUUUUUUUAUUUUCAAGAACUAUGUCAAUGCAGAUAUUGCACAGCCUGAUGUCCUGAGCAUAUUUGAUAACAAGUAGAUAUGAGAGCUAAUUUAUCCU